UAGAUGUUGCCUAACCUUUAUUAUAGUUCCCUACACUCCCCUCCAAUUUGUCACACCUCCCCAUCAUCAUAUCUCUCUCUCUUUGUGUUUCUCUAAUAUUUCAAUAGAAUGAAAUUUGAAGAACUCAUCAUGCAGGAGACUCAGCAGAAUCAAAAAACAUUGGCUCUUCAACAAGAGGUUGAGCAACUUGAAGAGGAAUUAGAAGAAGAGUUAAAACUUAGCAAAGUCUUGCAGUAUGCAUUGGAUGGUCCAUGUUGUCCUUGUUUAUCUACUCAAACUCACCUUCCCUUUAAGAUAAAAGAACUGCUUACAGAACUAGCCACAGUGGAAGAAGAAAUCAUGUGGCUUGAAAAAAAGGUUCACAAGUUGAACCUCAGCUUAUACUUAGAGAAAAAACAAACCCGAGAAUGGGAACUGCAGCAGCUAAAGAACCUGCAUCCACGUCACCAACGAUCUAGAAUAAAACCACAUAGGCGACAGCAAAGCAGACUAAAAUUCAUGAACAAUAAUCAUGAAUCACAAGAUUUCGACACGCAGAGAAGACGAUCUUCAUUUGGUUCUUCAGUCGACUUCAAAUACGCUAAGCUUGGGCUUUCGGUAUUGGAAGUAAAUCAUAAUCAUAAUCAUACAAGAAAUCCGAAUAAGUUAUCUGAAGAUCUUAUUAAGUGCUUAAUAGGAAUAUUUCUAGAUAUGAAUCAGCCGUUUCCAGACAGCGAAGAAGGGUCGGAUAUCGCACACAAGCAAGUCUCCUGCAUGAGUUCCAAAAGCUUCAUCUCUAAAACAAGUUUUAACUGUACAGCACCCACAUUUUUCUACAAUAAUAACGGGUCAAGUUACGACCCGUAUUCCAUAUCACUUGACUUUGACGGUGCUGUUAGAGACAUCGGUCCAUACAAGACUUUCACACAGAUUACACGAACUACCCUUGACCAUACGCGCAUUUCUGAAUGUUCCACGGAAGUCGGAAAAAUCAGGGUUUUGAUGCAGAAACUUUGCAGUGCGAAGUUGAACUUGUUGACGUAUAAGCAGAAGUUAGCAUUCUGGAUCAACAUAUACAAUGCCUGCAUAAUGCAUGCGUUUCUACAACAUGGAUUGCCAUCAACACAAGAAAAGCAACUAGUUCUCAUGAAUAAGGCGGUAAUCAAUGUGGGUGGUAUUGUCGUUAAUGCCCUCGCCAUCGAGCACUUCAUUCUUAGGCAUCCGUCAAACUCAAAUCAUGGUCUAGCAAAUGAGAGGGAAAUACUACUACGACACGCGUAUGGGUUAGGGUUCCCAGAGCCCAAUGUGACAUUUGCUCUUUGUAGAGGAAGCUGGUCCUCGCCAGCGCUGAGAGUGUAUACAGCUGAGGACAUAGUGAAUGAACUAGCAAGAGCGAGGCUAGAGUAUCUAGACGCGUCGGUUGGGGUUAUUAGCAAGAAAAAGAUUAUGGUACCGAAGCUUUUACACUGGCACAUGAAGGAUUUUGCAGAUGACCUGGAGUCACUUUUGGAAUGGAUUUAUAGCCAGUUGCCGCAAUCGGGCUCGCUUAAAAGGUUAAUAAUGGAGUGUCUUAAUGGUGAAACGAAAUCCAAUCCCGCUAAAAUGAUAGAAAUUCAGCCGUAUGUGUACGAAUUCAGAUACUUGCUGCCUUCAUAAAAAAAAAAAAAACAUGAAAAGAAAAUUAGUCUUUAAAGAUGGAGAAACCACCAUGCAUUAUUCUUUAUGUUCUUGUUAAAGGAGACAGUAAUAUAUACUAAGGUUUCAUGAGGUAUCAUGAUCAUAGACCCCUUCAUGUACUGUUGAAUGCACAAUGAAUACAAAUGUCCAAAAAUUUAUUCAUGUUAAA